ACCAGCAGACGUGCAAAGUCCUUUGGUUUGUCUGGGUUUGCAAGUGCAGCCUAACAUCAAAUAGAUACAGCAUCUCCUGUUGCUAUGCAUGUUCUUAUUUCUAAGGCGCUCGUUUUUUCCUUUAUGUUUCAUCCCUUUGUGUGUGAAGUCUGAUCCCUGUACAGCAGAUUACAACAUCCCACAACUAUGCAUUGACGAGGACAAAACCGCUCUUUGCCAUUGUCCUGUGUAAAGCCAUUGUCUCAGAUGUCACUCAACUUUUUCUGACAUGUUUGCUGGAAAGCUAUUUGCAUCAGCCAACAGAUCCACCCUGCAGUUGUUUUUGACAAGGGUUCAGCUUUGUUCCUUUGAAAGAGGAAAGAAUAACAUGCUAUUGUUCCAGGGUAUUGAUAGCAAGAAAACAUUAUCUUCUAGAUUAAAGAUGAACCGAUAACACUUAAUGUGAUCUCGGCGUUUGCUUUGAAGGCAUUUGCAUCUACAGGUCAUACAGGGGAUGAAGUUGUUUUGCCAGGCUUGGCAUGAAUGCCAUUGUUUCAAGAAAGUCAUCCUCUUGUUGCAAAGAUUUUAAGUGAAGUAACAUUAUCUCAGGGAUUAAGAAGAAAAGAGAUACAUCUGAUCUGUCGUUUCGAGCCCUAGCAGCUGCUAAGCUGAGGGGACAGUAAAUUCUAUAGCCAGGCCACUUGGAGGAGAAGAGCCUUCUUUGUGAAAAGUGGCAUAUCUGUCUGAAGAGCCCUCACUCUGUGCAGCCUGCAGUUCUAGCAUUACCACUCGUGGUUCAGAAAAUCCGGGGCUCUUGUACAUGCAUCCUCUAGAAAAGCCUUUUCGUGGGUGUGCUCUUUCGGGAUAGGGAAUAUGGAGGGAGUUUAGAGUGGUAAUUAAUGCUGGCCCGCCCAGGAAUGGUAUUAUUGCAUGAAGAAGGCUCCAGCUGGCUCCCGAUGUGACACCAUUAUGGCCUUUAGUUGAGAUUACCUGGAUUGCCCGUACAACCAAAAAUUGAGGGCGCAUUAGAACAAAAAUCGGUAGGCUUGGAGCCCAGUAAGCACCAGAUACUGAUGUGUUUCAGGCUGGGGGUAAAAUAGCUUCCCUGCUACCAUCUAAUCCCUACUCUGUGGGGAGUCAUUAAACUCACAAUUACUUCAUAUCGUUUACUUAUCAGUCUUUGUGUAAUUAUGUGGCCGGGAAUUUGUCUGAACGUGUACACUAGCUGAUCCAGUAGGCUUGUUCAUUUGCAAACUCACUCACUCAUUCCUGAUAGCCUGACCACGACUCAUUCCACAUGUUCGAGCUCGCUGCCUGUUAGUUACCGCAAGAGUCCAUCGUGCACACAAGCGGCAUUGUAUUGGAAAGAAGACAUACUUCACUUCCCUUAACACUGAAGAUGUACAUGUGGGUUCAGAUGCUGCGGAAGCCACGUGACGAGUUAGAAGAUAUCUACGACCAUGAACAAGCACUUGAGAUUGAAGACGAGUCGGUAGAGGAGGACCAUGGCCAUCCUGCCGAAGCUGCCGACCAUGCGGUGGAGCCGAGCGACAGCGCGUACGAAGCACCCGUCUACAUCGCCGACGACAUCCACAUCCCGCCCGAGUUCGAGCUUCGGGAGUCCAAGGCAGCGGGCGUCGGACUGGGCGUCUGGACAAAGGUUGCCGUCCAAGCUGGCGAGAAGAUGGGCCCCUUCACUGGCAUACAGAAGGCAGAGGUUAAAGACAUGACAUAUGCUUGGGAGAUCGUUGAUGAGUUUGGGAAGGUGAAGUUCAUUGUUGAUGCCAGCGAACCAGGCACAGGGAACUGGAUGAAAUACAUCCGCAGUGCACGCAACUACAAUGAACAGAACAUGGUCGCCCUCCAAAUUAACGACCAGAUGUACUACAAGGUGGUGAAAGAUGUAGAGAUGGGAGAAGAACUGAUGGUUUACAUGAAGGAUGCCAUGUAUCCUGAUGGAACCAUGCCCCCAAACUUUGAAGAAGAGAAGCGAUUCCGCUGUGGUGAGUGUGAUGACCUGUUCAAGUCCAAGGUAGCCCUACGCCGCCACCAGAAGUACGCCUGUAACAACAGCUUGGCCAUCUUCAACAGCAUUAAUGAAGAUUUCAAGAGUAGGCAGACAGAAGAGCUAACAUCCCAACUCUUUGAGUGCACAGAUUGUGACCGCAUCUUCCCCAACAUGCCUAGCCUGGAGCGACACGUGAUGACGGGCCAUGGCAGCGAGACCCGAGAGUUCAAGUGUGACCAGUGUCCAAAGUCCUUCAACUGGAAGUCGAACCUGAUCCGUCACCAAAUGUCCCAUGACGAGCAGAAGCGAUUUCCGUGCGAGAAUUGUGACAAGGUCUUCACAGAUCCAAGCAAUCUACAGCGACACAUCCGCUCUCAGCAUGUCGGUGCUCGUAGCCACGCGUGUCCUGAGUGUGGAAAGACCUUCGCAACAUCGAGCGGGUUGAAACAGCACCAGCACAUCCACAGCAGCAUCAAACCGUUCACCUGCGAGGUCUGUCUCAAGUCCUACACACAGUUCUCCAACCUGUGCCGCCACAAGCGCAUGCACGCCGACUGCCGCCAGCAGAUCAAGUGCCGCGACUGCGGUCAGCUGUUCUCUACCAUGGCCUCCCUGAACAAGCACCGCCGCUUCUGUGAAGGCAGGAACAACUUUGGCAUCAGCAUGCCGGCCAUGUAUCGUGCAGCCUCCCAGUCACAGAGUGGAACCCCCCUCCCUCCGUCCAGCCGUAUGCCACUGAGGAACAUGCCUCCCGCCAGUCUGAUGGACUACUUCGGCACUGGUGGCCUGCACCCACCGACCACUGUGCCCCAGCCGGCCAGCUUGUCCUCUGUGCAGUCCGUCCCACUGAGUCAAACUGCGGCUGCCUCCCUACUGUCCAGCCGCAUGCAACCCCCGGCCGUGUCAUACCCCAGCAACACGGCCCUGCGAUCCCACCAUCCGUCCUCAGCAUCUACAGUAUCGGCCAGGUCAACCUUCUUCCCACCAACGUCCACCUUCUCCCGCCCACCGUUCCUGAAUGCUGUCAGUAUGGGGCCACAGAAAGCCCUCCUCAGCUCUCCGAUGGCCCAUCUGUUGGCUCAGCCACCUGCCUCUGCAGGGUCCACCAAAGAUACCUCCACAGACCAGGAAGAAGACAUGAGCAGAGCCAAAUCAGGUGCCAACACCAAAGAGAGAGCCAAUGACCUGUCUGAAGGCAGCGAUGUCUCAGAUGUAAGCACUCCAACAGGAAGCGAUCUAGAGACCUCCGGAGGAAGCGAGCUGGACUCAGAAAGUGAAGGGGAUGGGGCAGACAAGAAGUCUUCCAUGCACAAAGAAGCAAGGAUGGCAAAACACCAGAAAAAUGAUCCCUCUGUAAAGGAGGAACCAGAAGAUGAGUCUGCUUUCCUGAAGCCAAAUGACCAGUCUGCAGCCAUUCCAACCUCUGGUGCUGACACCAUCAAGGCUAUAGCCUCAAUUGCCGAUAAAUACUUUGGUAAUGAUGGCGAGGAAAUGAGGAGCAUUAGAGUACAGCAUCAGGAGGGGAAGCCGGCUGGAGCAUACCCGACUGUUGCUGAGGCUGAGAAGCCAUUUGACCUGUCUGUGAAGAAGUCCGAGAGGAUGGCGGCACAAGCCACGAGUAGUGGGGAGGACCAACCUCUCGAUCUGAGCACUCACCCUCGGAAGGGUGAUGUGGACCAGGCUAGAAACAUGGCUGAGUCCAGGAAAUCUCACGCAUUUGGCAGCCUCAUGGCCACCACCUACACCUCUUCCCAACGCGGAAACCCCCGUCUUACCUAUGCACGUCCGAGCCCUCUGGCUAUGGACCCAAUCUAUCGUGUGGAGAAGCGAAAGUUUACGGACAGGAUCUAUAGCGGAAUCCAGGAGAAGUACAUGCGUCAUGCCAACUACCCUUUCAGUGCCAGCGAGCACUUGAUCCAGAAUGGGGCAGCAUACGAAAUGGGAAACAGAGGUGGAGGAAUGAUGCCUGUCAGCGAAUUUCCACCAAUGGCAUCGCAGCUGGCCGAUCCUGUGGUGCGAGGCAAGGGGAAAGACCGGUACACCUGUCGAUACUGUGGAAAGCUGUUCCCGCGCUCGGCUAACCUGACACGCCACCUGCGCACGCACACGGGAGAGCAGCCGUACCGGUGCAAGUACUGCGACCGGUCCUUCAGCAUAUCAUCCAACCUCCAGCGCCACGUCCGUAACAUCCACAACAAGGAGAAGCCGUUCAAGUGUCCUCAGUGCGAGCGCUGCUUUGGCCAACAGACCAACCUCGACCGACACCUCCGCAAGCACGAGCAAGAGGACCAAGACGCCGCAUCCGGCAAGUCUCCAACAUCGGCUGAAGAUCUGGCCGAGCUCGCCGACAAGGACGAAUCUUACUUCGAACAGAUCCAGAACUUUAUCGAAUCUCCAACCAUCACUCCCAGGAAGGAAAGUGUGGAGGGAAACGGGAACCUGGAAAAAAAGUUCAGUCCCAGUAAUGGCCAUGUGGCAGAGCAGAUGGCUGCUGGGUCUCCUCCUGCACUGAUCAAUGGAAACAAGCAGAGUCCUCCUCCAGACAACACACCCUGUGAGGAAGACGACAUGAUGGUCGACAAGGAAGCAGAGACUCAUAAAGUGAAUGGUCACCCCAAACGUGCAGAGGAAGAGGAGAAGAAACCAGUUGGCAUCAAUGGUCAGCAUGGUCCGCUGGGAAAACUGCUCAAUGGUGACCCGCUGGAUUACAAACCCAUCUCGGAAACAACGAUGGACGACAUCAGCGUGGAUGUGGUUGAUUACUACGGUGGAGUCAUGGGAGACGCAGAGUCCGACGGAGACAGGUCAAACAGGCAACGCCGGUCCAAGACGCAGGCCUACUCCAUGAUGCUGUCACUGUCGGAUGAGGAAGAGAUGGCCAUGGACGACAAACAUCGCGGGCCGCGGCUUCGGAGCAUGCGAAGGUCACUUAGAGUUGGAGGUCAAGAUGGGGAACAUGCAUAGACUUCCUGAAACAAACCUACUUUAGGGAGAAAAAGGUGAAGUUAGGACUGUGAGGUUUUCUUUAGACAGCUAGUAUGUCAAACAUACAUCUAGUAUGGCAAAAAGUGCUGAUUGUCUGUUUACUUCUGAUUGCCCAAAAGUCAGUUGUUCUGCUAGUUUACAAUUUCAAGCAAGUGUAGCUACUGUGCUAUGUUCAACAUUCAAGCAUUUACACAAAAUCAAGUAAGAUCAGUAAAUCAUUUUUAACUGUUUGUGCCAAUAAUGUGAAGACUUGUCUUAAAUAUCUACACACACCGGAGGUGUAAGUUUCUCUGUACUGUUUUUUGUGUUGAUAUUGAAAGGGAUUUGCAAUUUUGCUCUAGAGAACCCAUCUGUCCAUUUAUUUACAAUGGGAGCUCAAAGUCGUUUUUUCGCAAAGCCGCUCUUAUCCCAUUUGCUUCAUUCAUGGAAAGACGAAAAUCUUUCUGGUUCCCUACAAGAGCCUUUUCAUUGAUUUCUUAGACGAUGCACCCACAUGAGCAGGUGUUGUCUUUGCUUUCACUGAUCUUGCACAACUUGUAAUUGAAGGUCUGUCCUAAAGCUUAAGUAAUGUUGACAUAAAUGGUAAAAAGAUGGGAACUUGUGUGUCUGUAGGACACAGGGGAACACAUGUGCACCGGUGCUACUCUGCCAAUCCAAAAGAGUGGAAAUCUCAAGCUUUAAAUCUGUACAUAUGGGAACAAAUUCACAUCUCAAUCAGAUGUGGUGAGAUCCUUUGUUUUGUUUUUGAGAAUCCAAUGUAUAUAGUGAAUGAGGUCAAUGAUUGUGUCUGUGUGCCAUGAAAUACAUAGUAAAUAGUGCUAGAGAUGUCCAUAUAUCAGAAUGUAUACAUAUGUAGAAAGUAAAAUGAGUGUAGGAAUGUGAAAAAAAACAUGUAGAAAACAAUGUUGCAUUGAAAUAGUGGAACUUCAGUGAACAUAAGUGAUUGUCCAUUUCAAUUGAUGCUAGAGUUAUAGACGUAAGAAUUUUGGGUUGUCACGUAAUUGAUUGUUUAAAGUAAAAUAUACUAGAGUUGGUUGUUAUAGCUUGAAGUGCCAAGUAGAGAUGUAGACAUUACAGUAACAUACUGUAGAAACUGCCAAAUUCUGUAAUCCUGGCUGUAAAGAUAGCCUGGGAACUUUUUACUCCAUCCAUUGUGCCAAGCAUUGCGAGUUGUUGUGUGAAUUGUACAUUGAAUGAUCAGAAAAAGUGGUAAUACUAAUAGUGAUAAUUCUACAAAGUGUGAAUGGUUUAUGAAGUUCCUUAUUUGGCCUGAAAGGCCCCCUACAAAAUCUUUUCUCAGUGAUUUUAGUGCCAAAUGACACAUUAUAAUGUCGACCAUUGUUGAGUACAGUAGUUCCUCUAUAAGGGAACAUUUUAGUGCUGUUGUUGUGUGGAAGUUUUGGCCAUAGUGGGAUGAUGGGAGAUUCACAGAUGUCAGUGAAGAAGUUGUCAGGCUUCCUAGACGAUCCUAUUACCAUGGUGAAGAACUUUACCAGGCUCUGCCCCUGUGCAGUUACCAAUAACACAGAUACUGUCAUACUCCAUACUGCAACAUUCCAUAGAAGUAAUCUCUGUAUUAUUGACCAAUCAUGAACUGAGCAGAUGUUUGCUGUAUUGUUAUAUGUAUUUGACAUGGCAUUUGUUUUGCCACCUGUGUCAGAUGACCGGCCAAAGUCAUUUUAAAGUGCUGGUUUUGUAUCAACAUAAAAUAGGCGCAGGGAUUCUAUGAAAACAGUAUUGUGGCAACAAUGUUGUAUGCUUUCUCAACUUGAUUCAAAGAUGUUUCAUGAAAUUGUGCCAUACACAUGCUGGACUGACUACAUUACAAGAGACACCCUGCAGUUGACUAGAAAACUGCAGGCAAGUUCACAUUGUGAGCAUUUUACCCCACUAAAUCUUAACAAAGUGUGUCGCUUAUCUUAUGUGACAACAUCGUAUGUAAGAGUUCCAGAAUAUCAUACAAUUUGUGAGAAAUGAUUAGCUUUGUGAUUUGAUCACUAUUUUAAUUGUAAGACCAGAAUUUAACAACUUCAAAAAAGUAUUGUCCAAUAGGUAAUUGAUUAUGAGGGAACAAAUUUAUCCAACAUUAGCGGACCACAUGAUUCCAAAGAUUUUCUACUGAUUUGAAUAUUCAUUAGAUCACUAUUGUUGUUUGUGUACAGAAUUUUUUGAGUGGAAUGCUUUUUUUGAUUUUUUUUUCCUUGUUGUUCUGCAGCCGUUUGAUUGUAUUUCGCUAGUCUCCGGCUAGUGCGUAUUGUUGCGUUCAGUGCUGGCACACCGCUAUUUAUUCAAAAGUUUUUGCAAGUUUGUUGUGCAUUUAGAAGGUAGAGAUUUGGUUCUUUCAUUACCGAUAAAGUGUUGAAUAGAAAAUACAGUGAACAUUUGAAAAUUGUAUAAUUUUAUCUUUCACUGUAAUGGGAAUAAUAAUGUGUUUUUCUAGUCUGUGUUUAGAUGGCAUUUCUAGAAUUGAAGUUGUGGACUACAGUCGAUUCAUUACGUCUCUUGCAAUUGUUUUUGCUAAGCUUCACUGCUUGUAUUCGCUGAGCGGAAAAGUUGAUUAUUGUAAUAAAGUUGGCUUUGCCUUGAGA